AGCGGGCAGCCGUCCGAACGCAUUUGCCAUCCAUAACUUUACAAUAAAAACAAGGUUUCAUUUGGCUGCGCUUGCGUGGACAGUGGACUUGCAACGACGGAUAUGUGGACACACUGCACUUGAAGUUGUCAGCGGGGCAAGAUGCAGUGAAUUGACGGUGUUGUGACUUUGAACUGAGUGACCGUUAAUAUUGGUGUUUUGUGACUGGAAUAAUAUUCGGGACUCUGUGCUGUGAUUGUUCAACAUGUAUUUGUACAAGGUCACUGCUUUUUUUCUCUUGGUCCUCGUCGUGGGAGCCGAAAAGAAAAUCGAGUUGCAAGACAUAGAAGAAGACAAUUUGAGGAGCGAAGGAAAAAAAGAUCAUGAUAAAUCUGAUUCUCCACAAAGCAAAAGUUCCAAUUCGGGCACAAGCUUAAACUCUUUAGAAAUGAUGAAAUCUGGAUUUUUACGGUUAUUCGAGAAUCCCCAGAGCCACCCAGUUCCUCAGCAACAGCGUUAUAUUCAUCAGUAUGCAGUUACCGAACAGCCAGAAAAACAUGCACCUGUUCCAAGUAAAUUUGGCCCGGGGCCUCAGCAUGCUAUGGUUGGAUAUUUGUCGAACAUGCCAAUGCAAAUAUACAUAGUCCCACAAUACUACACUGAUCAUCAAGUGCCACAGUCAGAGCAACCACAGGUAGAUUACCUGUCAAAUUCCGUCUCUACUACGGCUAACAAUUAUCAUACCUACAGCACUGACCCUUCAUAUACCGAAACAACAGGAAAACCAUUCGAGCAUUAUGCUACACCUCCAGCAGUAACGUACAUUUAUCAAACACAACCUACCGCCCCUCCGGCUAUAGCGACUGUAGCACCAGUGUUAGCCUACCAAGUCCCUAUGUUUCAGAUUGGUUCAAGAGUAGUGACACCUUCAACUGCACCCAAAGCGUUUUAUGCUAAUCCUGAAUACACUGAUUCUAAUUCAUUAGAUGAAAUUGGAGAACAGGAGCCGAAACAAUAUAGUACUCAGACUGAGGUACCGUACUUGCCUACUGUAGCGGAAUUACCGCGUCACUAUAAUUCUCGUGCGCCGAUAAGGGAGCCAUUCAGGCACAAUCAAAAUGCAAUAACUGACCUGCCUCACCCAAAUCCUUUAUUACUGAGAGCUCCACCUCCGCAUUUAUCGCACAUUCCAAGGACCCUGCCAAUGUUUCGCCCUCUGACAAAAUCAGUAUACCGAGAGGAAGAACCGGUUACUAAUCCAUACCUUGCACGUCCACACGGCCAGGGUCUUCCUCCGCACUCACACUUCAAGAAACGUCCUGUAUCCCUUCUCGACUCUUACAUACCUUCUAGUCUUCAGGUUGAGUAUCUGAAACGAGGUCUUGCGAAGGAUCCUUCAUCGUUAUACGAUGCGUUGUCAAGUGGGAGGUUUCCCAAUCCACUUCCAAGACAUUACGAACGAGGUUUUCUGCCGAACCAGAUGUACCCCACCGGCAAUGGUGGUGUUGCAUAUGGACAUUAUAAAAGGAAUCCGAAAGUAGAAAAAAAUCCUCACAAAUGACCCCUCGACUGAAUACUUAUACAUAAUAAUCAAAGAUACUUAAAAUCCAC